GGUAAACACAAUGGAAGCUGGAAGAGAGUAGUUGUUUUAAUGGAAUUUCUUGUGAUUUUCAGCGGUUAUUGAGUGAUAUGUUGUAUUAGAAACCAUGUAAUUUGCGGUGUUUGAAGAGAGAGAUCUGAGGUGUGCGGGCGGACGAUGGGCGUGUGGGCGGACUGGUGGUGGUGGUGCGCGAGGCCCGGGCGCCUGCCUCGCGCCGCGCCCCUCUCCAUCCUCCUGGCCACGGUCCUCACCAUCAUCUCUCUCCUGUUCCUCCUCAACGCCAAAGCCUUGAGUCGUCACCCGACCCCACGCCAGGUGCUGGACAUGGGCGACCAUGACUUCGAGGGCGCCCCGCAGCACCACCCAGACCUUGUGUCCUACAUCAGGCAGCUGCACCUGCUGUCGCCGAAGGGGGCCUCGGCGCCGUACGCGCUCAGUCGACCCAACGCCACCGACUUCUCGCAGAACGGGCAGAGCAAGGAAGUCGAGAAGGUUCUCAAGGGGAAGCGCGGCGGAGUGUUCGUGGAGGCCGGCGCUUACGACGGGGAGCAGCUGAGCAACACGCUCUACCUGGAAAGGAACCUCGGCUGGAAGGGCCUCCUGGUGGAGCCCGACCCGUGGAACUUCUGGUCGCUCAGGAAGAAGGGCAGGAAGGCCCACCUGGUGAACGCGUGUCUUUCCCCCAGCCCCUACCCCAGGGAGGUUACCUUCAAGCAAAGCGACACCAUGGGCCACAUAGCGAGCCAGGGCGAGGAGGCCAACCGGCGGGGGAUCUUCACCAGGGUCAAGUGCUUCCCUCUGUACUCGCUCCUCCUCGCCAUCAACACCACGAAGGUUGACCUUCUCUCCCUCGACGUAGAAGGAGCAGAGCUACAGGUACUGAAAACACUUCCCUGGGAGAAGGUGCAGAUCCAGGUGCUGUGCAUCGAGCACCGGCACAUCCCCGAGGGCAGUCAGGCCCUAAGAACCUACCUGGAGGAACGAGGCUACGCCCUGCAUACUUCAGUUGGCGAUGAUUACAUCUUCGUCAGAAAAGACCUAGAGAAGAUCCCACAAGAAGAUUUGCUGUAGAGGGUCGCACACCCGUGGAUGUUAUAUGAACAACAUGGACAGAAGCUUUGUAUGAUGGUGUUCACGUCCAGAGAGUUUGCGUGAUACUCGCAGAGAACUACUUAAUGUACUAUGUAUCUGCGUGUGAAGUAUGGUGAAUUUGUCUGUAUACGAGAAGCCGCUUAAUGUCUCAUCUUUACCGCUUACACAAACUAGAUGAUUACAUUACUGUUAAGGCGGCAUAAGGUUGUGAAUACUCUGUGAUAGUUCGCGACGAUUUUCAUAAAUGUACACUUUUCAUAUACAACUUUUUAACGCACUUUUUGAAUGACAGUGAAUACGUUUCGAGUGAAAUGUAAUUACUGUCAUCAAACAGAAUCUCCAGAUCCAUAGGCUGUACGAAGUUUGUACUUACUACCAUUUUUAACCUUGUCGUAGGUUUUAAUUGUAUGUUUAUACGGAUGAAGUGGACUGUACCGAAAUUAAAUUAUAAUGUGUCUUGAUUCAUUGUUUCUUGUAAAUAUAUUUAAGGAUUUUUUACAGGUACGCAAUAUCAUAAUUUUUCCUUGUCGAAUGAUGAUUAAUUGUUGCAAAAUAUGUUUCUAUAUUCAUUUUUUAAAUUUCUUUCUUAUCGAGGCGAAGGUGCACUCGGUCGGUUAAGGAUAACAGACUGUAUGCAGCAAUUAUCAUAACCAACCAUUUACUUAACAAGUGAUUAUCAUAACUAACCUGUCAGUUUCCAAUUGCUUUUCGUCGACAAAUAUGUCACCAAUCACUCUCUCUCUCUCUCUCUCUCUCUCUCUCUCUCUCUCUCUCUCUCUCUCUCUCUCUCUCUCUCUCUCUCUCUCUCUCUCUCUCUCUCUCUCUCUCUCUCUCUCUCUCUCUCUCUUUUUGUCUCUGUCUGUGUUUGUCAGUCUGUCAGACUUGAUUGUUAGCAAAUGUGUCUCCAACCUGUCACCGUGCCAUUAGUCAUCACCAACCUGUCAGUCACAUCUUUACCUCGAUAAGAAAACAGAGCAUAAUGUUUGGAUAUCCACUGCUUGCGCAAUUUUUCUACGCAGGUGCCUUAUUCAACUCUAUGCUUACAGGAACAUAGAAGUGCCUUAAUAGGACUCGGAGAAUUUUUGUCAAUGAAUAUUGUAAAGUAAUAAGAAACGGCGGGGGAAUAUCUGGCAGCGAAAUGCCAUAGUGAAAAUCCAUACGUUUGGCAGUGCCGAAGCUUCCUGUAGAAAAGGGAAAGGAACCUGAUGUUGUGCAUUCCAUGUUGAUGUCAGUAUGGUGUUAUCUUUUUUCUACGGAAAGUAACUGGUUUCGGUUUUGAAUAAAAAUACAGCAAAUAUU